ACUGGCACGCGGACUCACGUCAGCGAGCAGGACGGUGCUUGAAACUUGUGGGCGCGCAUUCACUGUGUCAGUCAAGCAGCGGCUUGCUGCAGGACUGUAUCAAGCGGGCAAGAUCAUGGCGGCUGUUCUGGGCGGGCAAGGCAUGGAAUCCCUGGGGCCUGGGGGCCAAGAGCGUCCGGUUGCAGCGUGCAAAUAAGCCCCGUUUGUGCUUGCAGGACCAGCAUAUGAUUGGACAAAUGUCUGCAGCCUCGGGCGGCUGGUCUGCCCAGUGCGGGCUAUUCUGAAUACUCAAGCUUUCUUACUCAGGCACGAUAACGUGGCUAGGCCUCAGGACGUCACGUGAUCAAAGAUGUAUCGCAGCAUCAUUAUUGAAUCCUGUCAAAGGAGUCUUCAGUAGAUGAUGCUUCAUUGCUGGGCGUAUGCACGAGCCUUUAGUGGAAUCGUACCGUGAUUUUGGCAGGCCAUCACCUUUAAAGAGUGUGGCCAAGCAUUGGACAUUCUGUUGUAGCAUCCUGUAUAUAGGCAUUUGUAGGGAACAAGAAGGCCAUCGUUUGUAUCUAUUUUGUGGACCUACGCUGAUACACAGAAGGAAAGACUCUUGCUGCAAGACUCAUCAGUCAGCAGCCUCCCUGGUAGUUACAUAAGAAGGCAAGGGCUUCACUCAAGCAAGAAGGGCAGCAACACGUAAGGGAAGGUUCCUGUGGAAGUUUAGAGGUAUUUGAAACAGGUUUGGAAAGAGCAUGGGUCUCGGUGGAAGUCUUGGGCCCUUGCUCGGUCGGUGAUGCGGCGUAGCAAGCCCACAGACAGCAAGGAGAGAACUCUUCUGGAUUCAGAGCCUCUGACCCGUAAGCGAACCCGGCGCGCUUCAAGCUCUGCCAGUGGCGCAGCGCCCGGCUGCGAGAGCGCAGUAGCGGACCCUGACAAAAGUGCGUGCGAGUACGCCCAGGGAGGCGGCCCGCCAGCACUUGCCCCCAGGAGGGCAACCAACACACGGCCCGCGAGGCAGGCGCUCAGGAAAUCGGCAUCAAUUGGGGCCAACAGUAGCAAAAACGCGCAGGGCAUGGCCGCGCAGGGCCCUGUUGCUAGCAGCUCCAGCAUGGCGGCGGCGGGCGCGCUGCCCAUGGGGCGCACGUCGGGGGGGGGCGCCGUGGACACACUGCCCAAGGAGAUGCUGGACAUGAAACUCAGGGACGAGAGGAUCGACGCUGGCGCGGCGGGCGAGUUCGAGGGCAGCGUGAUGGAGGGCAGCAGCACGGACAUGGGCCACAUCAUCACGACCACGACGGGGGGCCGCAACGGGCAGCCGAAGCAGACGAUCAGCUACAGCGCGGAGCGCAUCGUGGGCAACGGCAGCUUCGGGGUGGUGUUCCAGGCGACGUGCCUGGAGAGCCAGGAGACGGUGGCCAUCAAGAAGGUGCUGCAGGACAAGCGGUACAAGAACCGCGAGCUGCAGAUCAUGCGCCUCCUGGAGCACCCCAACAUCGUCGCGCUCAAGCACUGCUUCUUCUCCACCACCGAAAAGGACGAGUUGUACCUGAACCUGGUGCUGGAGUACGUGCCGGAGACGGUGUAUCGCAUUGCAAAGCACUACAACAAGAUGCACCAGCGGAUGCCUCUCCUGUACGUCAAGCUGUACACGUACCAGAUCUGCCGCGCUCUGGCCUACAUCCACAACGGCAUCGGCGUCUGCCACCGCGACAUCAAGCCGCAAAACCUCCUGGUGAACCCGCACAGCCACCAGCUGAAGCUGUGCGACUUCGGGAGCGCCAAGGUGCUGGUGCGCGGCGAGCCCAACAUCUCGUACAUCUGCAGCCGCUACUACCGGGCGCCCGAGCUCAUCUUCGGCGCCACCGAGUACACGGCCGCCAUCGACAUCUGGUCCAUGGGCUGCGUCAUGGCGGAGCUGCUCCUAGGCCAGCCGCUGUUCCCCGGCGAGAGCGGCGUGGAUCAGCUGGUGGAGAUCAUCAAGGUGCUGGGCACGCCGACGCGCGAGGAGAUCAAGGCCAUGAACCCCAACUACACCGAGUUCAAGUUCCCCCAAAUCAAGGCGCACCCCUGGAACAAGGUGUUCCACAAGCGCAUGCCCCCCGAGGCCGUGGACCUGGUGUCCCGGCUCUUGCAGUACUCCCCCGCACUGCGGUGCACGGCGCUUGAGGCGUGCGUGCACCCCUUCUUCGACGAGCUGCGGGACCCCAACACCCGCCUCCCCAACGGACGGCCUCUACCGCCGCUCUUCAACUUUAAGCCCCAGGAGCUGAAAGGGGCCACCCCCGACAUCCUGCAACGGCUCAUCCCGGAGCAUGCACGCAAGCAAAACACGCAUCUCGGGCUUCUCUAGACUGCCCCCCUCUUUUCUUGCUGCCCGCUUUUCAGGGCAGCCCCCGGAACAUUUUCGAAGUGGUACAUUAUAGGGCUAGGGAGUAGUGUUGCAGAUUGUAGGGAGACGAAUCAGCAGGAGAGGAACGGGCCUCACUCUGCGAGGGAGGGAGCGCGAAGCAUCUCGCCGUGUGAUGGAUCGAUGUGUGUUGCAGGCCUUGAGGCCCGGAAGUACAGCCAAGACUGUUAAAUAUCAGUAAUAACGAGCGUGUCUUCGAUCCAGCCGCCCUCCUUCCAGCUUGGCCGGCAUCGAGGCUGCUCAAGUAGGUGUCCACUAACAAAUGAUGAGCUGGAAACGACAUGGAUGGCACUUAGUAUGCUCAAUCUUAUGGAAAUGCUCUGAAUCUGUUUGAUUCCCGG